AUGACAUUCGUGGUGUGGCACGCACCGCCGCACUGUAAAAACCUCGUUGAAUUCGACCUAAAAGACAAGGCGCUCGCUGUUGACGGUGAUGCAACAUUGUUUCCGAAAAAAGUAAUUACAAAUGACGUCGACGCCCCAAACAUGUGUGUGAAAAUGAAUUAUGUGAAGAACAAUACUUCUUUCUACAAGAAUCAGGAACAUAAGUGA